GAAAGAAGGACACAGGAAAUAAGGUCGUAACCUGGACUAGGAUAGGACGAGUCAAUAUAAUGAUGAGGAGGCGUUGGAAAUGUAUAAAAGGAAGAGAGUUUCUCUGUCUUCAUGAACAUAUCUCUUUGGUAAAUUAAACACCAGGCCACUUGCAUCCAACCAACAUCUCCCCCAACUGCUCAAACUCCAUUUCUGAGAAGUCGACUACAUCAUGGCUCCUCCAGCCCAACUCCCUCUUCGACAGCUCACCAAGGGUGGCCCCAAGAUCCCAUCUAUUGGUCUUGGUCUUAUGGGAAUCAGCGUCGGAUACGGAGCAGCCACAUCUGAUGAAGAACGCCUCAAACUCCUCGAACGUGCAUGGGAACUUGGCUGUACCAAUUGGGACACAGCUGACAUCUACGGCGACAGUGAAGAUGUCAUAGGCAAAUGGUUCAAGCUUCACCCCGAACGGCGUCAGGAUAUCUUCCUUGCGACCAAAUUUGGGCUGAAGGGGGGUGAGAAAGGGAUCGUUACUGAUUCGUCGCCUGAGCAUGUGAGGAAGAGUAUUGAGAGCAGCUUGAAGAGGCUUGGUGUUGAGCACAUUGAUCUGUACUACAUGCAUCGUGCAAAAGAGGAUGUGCCUAUUGAGAAGACUGUGGAAGCCAUGAAGCAAUUGGUCGAUGAGGGAAAGGUCAAGUACUUGGGCCUCUCAGAGAUCUCGUCUACCACUCUCCGCCGAGCCCACGCCAUCCAUCCCAUCUCAGCAGUACAAGUCGAGUACAACCCCUGGACACUCGACAUCGAAGGGGCUUCAGGAACAAACCUUCUCAAGGCUUGCGAAGAGCUAGAGGUGGCGGUGUUUGCCUACUCACCCCUUGGUCGUGGUAUCUUGACUGGCCGUUUCCGCUCUGUCGAUGACUUCGAAGAGACAGAUACCCGGAGAAACCUGACGCGGUUCCAGGGUGACAACUUCAAAAAGAACUUGACGAUUGUGGACCAGUUCAAUGAGUUGGCCAAGAAGAAGGGAUUUACAUCCUCGCAGCUGGUCCUGGCUUGGAUCUUGGAGCAGAGCCCCAACAUGUUUGUCAUUCCUGGCACGAAGAACAUCAAGUAUCUCGAAGAGAACGUGGGAGCAGCAAAGGUGACGCUGAGUAAGGAGGAGAAUCAAGAGUUGAGGAAAUUGGCUGUUGAGGCCGGGGUCGUUGGAGGGCGGGACCCCUUCUUUGGCUGCUUCGCUGAUACAGCUCCUCUGGAGAAGUGAAUGUACACAGAGAUAGCAGUAUCGGUGACACGGCGCUUGCUUCGGUAGCAGUUUCUAGGGCAAGUCCAUGCGAAAAAGUUUGCCAUUCCAUGAAGAUCCAUCGUCAUCAUCA